GAGACAACUUUUGCGAAACACCGGCUGGGCAUAUCGUUAACUAUCUUUAAAUGAGAUAUAAUUAUUAUGAAUGAAGUAUGGAUUCACAUGAUAUCGAUACUCUAAAGCUAGCCGUGGAAACAAUUUUACAUCCAGGUGCUUUGCAAUCGGAAAGACAUAAGGCACAGCAGAUAUGCGACCAUUUCAAGGAGACAUCUCCACACUGUAUGCAGGUGGGAAUGAUGUUUUCUGACAGAGAGUAUCCACCACUGAUACGCCAUUUUGGAUUACAGUUAUUGGAACACAGCAUCAAGUAUAAGUGGAAUAACAUGGAAUUGAAAGAUAGAGAACAACUUAAGCAGUUUUCUUUGCAGCUGAUUGCAGAGGGCACUAACGGCAUACUGAAGGAAGAGCUUCACAUCAAAGAUGCCAUAUCGAGGCUGGUAGUGGAGAUUAUGAAGCAUGACUGGCCAAACUACUGGACCACGCUGAUGGCUGACCUUUAUAAACUCUGUGUUGUUGGGGCUACUCAAACUGAGCUGGUGCUAAAAGUUUUUCUGCGAAUCAUUGAAGACGUGAUAGUGUUCCAGAACAUUCAGUACACACGGCGGCGUGAGAUUGUCAACGCCAUGAACAUGAACAUCACCGAGAUUUUCACACUCUUUGUUGACCUGCUUGAACAACACAUGAAGAGAAUACCAAAUUGUGCGGACUCAGAUGAGUGCCGACAGCACACAAAGGUGUGCGUGGCAGCCCUACAGACGCUGGAAGGAUACCUGGACUGGGUUUCCAUGGCAAACAUCACAAUCAAGAACAACCUUCUACUUGAGAUGCUGUGUCAGAUGCUCAGCUUCCCGGACCUGCAGUUGCCUGCUGCUGAGUGCAUGCUGGCCAUUGUCACAAAGAGGGGAAGUGUUGAAGAAAGAAAACCCCUGUUGAUAUUAUUCCAUGAAGGAGCCAUGGCUACCAUAUGGAAUGCUGCUGUGAGUGCUGAAAAUCUUUCCAGGAACCCACGUUUUUAUGUGUUUCCAAAGCUGUGCUUGAUUUUGGUGGAACUUGGGAAACAACUAUGCUUUUUAUUGGGGUUAGAUUUCUCCACAGCUAUGGACAGGUUCGAGAUUUCAUCAUGUCUAUGGACAGGGAUGAGAUUUCUCCUUGUCGAUGGACAGGGGUUAGAUAUCUCCAUUUCUAUGAACAGGGAUGAGACUUCUCCAUGUGGGUUAGAUUUCUCCAUUUCUAUGGACAGGAUUGAGAUUUCUUCAUGUCUAUGGACAGGGGUGAGGUUUCUCCAUGUCUAUGGACAGGGGUUAGAUUUCUCCAUUUCUAUGGACAGGAUUGAGAUUUCUUCAUGUCUGUGGACAGGGGGCUCUGCUGACGUGUCUGUUCCUGCCACUGUUGACAAGUACUUAGAGGCCCUACUGGCUUUCACAGGACACCCCAGUCAGCUGUUGAGCAGCUAUGCAUUCCACCUGUGGACAGCGUUCCUGCGACAUGAACGGAUGUCAAAGGAUGAAACACUAUAUACUAAACUGCCUCAUUUGGUUGAAGUCUCGUCAAAACAGCUGAAAAAGGUGGGGUAUCCCAGUCAGCAGAACUCUCCUAGUUGUGAAUACGCACGGCUGGACUUUGAACACGAUGAAGAGUUUGCCUCCUUCUUUUCAAAGUAUCGUGCCGAGAUUGCUGAUACCAUUCGACAGUUGACCAUGGUGACACAGAAGUUCACAUUUUCAUUUGUCUCUCAGUGGUUGCGUACCAUCAUAGCCAAGCCUGUUGACACUGGGGAAGACCCGUCUGCUGCGAACUGCAACCUGAGUUCACCAUCGUUCCUAGAGUGGGACUCUUUGACGAUGUUUGUCGAGGGCGUCAUGUCGCGCCUUAGCCUCGACGAUGAGAACCAGGUUCACGAGGGGGUUGACCUGCUCAACCUCGUACUGGCCUUUGAGACCCAGGACCCGUUGAUUCUGUCAUGCAGCCUUUCUUGCCUAUCGUCUCUGUUCAUAUUCCUGAAAUAUACGCCAGGGGUUCUGCCAACUGUCUUGAAGAAGAUAUUUGCAGCAGUUAUCUUCAACCUGCCUGGUCAGACAAAGAGCACACGAAGCAAAGCUGUGAAAAAUGUCCGCCAGCAUGCCUGCUCUGUUCUGGUCAAGAUCUGUAAAGACUAUCAGACACUCAUGUUUCCGGUGUUUAAGGACCUGUGUGGCUGCAUGCAGGCUAUCAUACAGGACCAGGACCAGCUCUCUCAGAUGGAGGAAUGCAUUCUCACUGAGGCUCUCAUACUCGUCAGUAACCAACAUGAAGACUUUGCUAAACAGUCUGCCUUCCUGGCUGAGAAAUUGAAACCAGUCCAGCGGUUCUGGUCCUCAGAGGAAUUUAGACAAGCCUUCAUGUACCCGGACAAGUUGAUGCACUUCAUUGGUCUGGACCAGGCCCCUGUGGAACCUAGCUCCGAGGACACCUGUGGAAUCAAUAGAUCUCAUAUCAGUUACUGUACUCACAUGAUCCUGGCUGUCAUCAAAAGAAGCACAUGGCCAAAGGAUUCUGAGAAAGCCAGCAUGGGUGGGUUUGUAUUUCACAAGCUGGAAUCUGGAGAAUAUGUCAUGAAAAAUCCUGCAACGCGGCAAAUCCAUGGACUGCUGGGCAAUGUUUUGUACCUUCUUAAAUCCAUGAACAUGCUGUUUUGUGAGGAGAAUCUGAAGCUACGGCAUCCAGAGUUUGCCAAGGCCUACGAUGUACUAGAUAAUGAUAUUCAGUCACUCAUGGGAAUACAGCCUCCCUGUGUGGACAACACUGGAAAUGCUCUGUGUAAACAUCCACUCCAACGAAUGCAGCAUUUCCUGACGGAGGGUUAUGAUAUCUGUUGUCAUAUCCUGGGCAAUUCCGCCCAAUAUCUGGGUGCUGAGUUUUACAUGAUCCCGUGUCUGGCCCAGACCCUGUGUGUGACCGCACUGGCUCAUCUAGACGUGCUCACGGACUACAGGCUACGAUCCAUUAUACGUGUGUUUUUGAAGGCAUAUGUCCAGUAUUGUCCUAAAGAACAGUAUGAGAUUGCAGUGUUACCAGUGCUGGGCCACAUUUUCCCUCUCAUGUACAAGAGACUUUCCACCAAAUGGUCUGUUAUCAACAGUCAAUGUGAAGCAAGAAUGGGGACGGAGGAUGACAACCAGGCUGAACAGGAAGUGUUAGAGGAGCACCUGGCGCGUAACUGCACCCGUGAAUACAUGGACCUGCUGACUACAGCUUGUUUGAGAAAGAAAUCCGAGUCAGAUGAUUCUGCAGCAGAAAUGGAGGAUAUCCCACCAUUUAAAGAUACGAAAGAGUUCAGUAAACUGGGAAAACUGUGCCUUGCUUCAGAUGCUACCUGUGAGCCCCUGGUGCUGUGUGUGUUGCUGGGACUCAGCUGGCGUGACUCCCAGUCCUGUAACAAGUGUAUGAUCCUGGUGAUGCCCAUACUCAAGCAGCUGAUGGCUGAUGGCAAGAUGACUGGGCCGGCGGCAGGACACUUCCUGACCAGUACCCUAGUGGGGCUCCACCACAACGGGCAGCACGAAGGGACGCAGGCUAACAUGAUCAGCCUGUGUCUGCAGGUCUAUGAACUGCUGUUACCCCAGUAUAGGGAAGUAACAAAUGUAUUGGCAGGGGUACCACACUGCAAUCUGGAGACGCUUGAUAUUUUUGAAAAGAACCUGAUGGGCCAGACAGCUACUCAAAAGAUUCAAGAGAAGAAAAAGAAGGAAACCUUCAAGAAGUUGGUGUCAGGAAUCAUAGGGAAGCACUUGAGCGAGCAGUUUAAGCAACCAGUUGAAUACAAAAGCCUUGAAGCGAUGUUCCGAAGAUUAAAACCGCUGAAACCACCACGUGACGAAUUUGCAGGACAUGACAUGGGACUUUCAGCAUUGUUUACACCGUAGAGAUGAAACCAAUUUUCUUCAUAAUAAUCAAAUUUGCAAUGACAUUAUAACAUGGCAGGACAAGCUGUUAAAUAUUGUGAUUAUAUUCAGUGUUAAUAAAUUAUGAGGAAUAUUAUGUAAUGUUUUCUUAGCAUAAACCAUGCAAACUGUUUGGUGAAUGCAAUCAUUGUUUUACAUGUAAUAAUUUUUAAAUUAAGAUAAGAAAUAGUAUAUAGUUUUCCUCGGCAGUCAGAAUUUUUAUGAAAUACUUCUGAAUGUGCAAGUUUAUAGUUGAUAUUGUAAACCACUUUAUAGACAUUCACUUUGUAAAAUUCUCAACAAAUAAAUAUAAGCAAAGCUU